AUGAGUAACGGGGCGGGCGGAGGCAUCAUAGGCGGCGGCGGCGGCGGCUCGCGCUCCUGGUUUGCCAGUCCGUCAGUCGGAGCUGGGCGCUCGCGAAGGGAGGAGCUGCUGUGAGGCCCGAAAGCGAGCGCCUCCUCCCGACCUCCCCCCCGCCUCCGCCCUGCCGAGCCCCGAGGAUGAUAAACACCCAGGACAGUAGUAUUUUGCCUUUGAGUAACUGCCCCCAACUACAGUGCUGCAGGCACAUUGUCCCAGGGCCUCUGUGGUGCUCCGAUGCCCCUCACCCACUGUCGAAGAUCCCCGGUGGGCGAGGGGUUGGCAGGGAUCCUUCUCUCUCAGCUUUGAUAUAUAAGGAUGAGAAGCUCACUGUUAACCAAGAUCUUCCAGUGCACGAUGGGAAACCACACAUUGUCCACUUCCAGUACAAAGUUACGGAAGUAAAGGUCUCUUCUUGGGAUGCAGUGCUAUCCAAUCAGAGUCUUUUUGUGGAAAUCCCUGAUGGUGUAUUAGCUGAUGGGAGUAAAGAAGGAUUAUUAGCACUGUUGGAAUUUGCUGAAGAAAAAAUGAAAGCAAGUUAUGUCUUUAUUUGCUUCCGAAAAAGCAGAGAAGACAGAGCUGCAUUACUGAAGACAUUCAGUUUUUUGGGCUUUGAAAUUGUGAGGCCUGGCCAUCCCUGUGUCCCAUCACGACCAGAUGUGUUGUUCAUGGUAUACCCCCUGGAUCAGGUCUCUUCUGAUGAUGAUUAGACCCAGUGCAGCACUUCAGUGGGACCCGAACAUGCUUCAAAGACGAGAGGGGGCUAAAACUCCUCUUCGGAGGAAAGGAAAAACAAAAUUCUUCUGGACUGAAACUGCAUUUCUUAUUGUUAGAGUGACCUGUAUAUCUUCUGAGUUGACUUUUCCAUUGAAAUGUGUUACCUAGUGAAUAAUAUAAAGUCUGCACAUGUAAUCGCACAAUAGUAAAUGGAAGGUAAAUGGAGCCCUUUCAUACAGCUCUGUUGUCUGCUGGUUAGCCUAGUGGACAGACAUUCUGUCCUAGCCACCCAAUGGGCAAGGAGCUCAGAGGUGAAGAGGGACACAGAUCUGACUUGUUAAAUUAGCGUUGGGCUUUUCUGUUCAUUUGGUUAUUUGGCUUUCAUUUUAAAUAACUGUAUACUUUUGUGUUCACUCAGACUUAAGCAGGAGGCAUGCUUUGGGCAUAGGGAUGCGAGGAACAGUAACACUGUUAGCAAAGCCUAGGGUGGUACCCCCUGGAGUAACCAACACUGUGGGUUCCUGAGAAGCUUUGUGCUCUUUCUAGCCUUUUUAUUAGGUUAGUAUUAACACUGCAUUAGUACAGCUUUCAAUAAAAAGGGGCAUUCAAAAAACAUGCGAAGCUGACCCUGAUUUUUAGAGAGAAAGAACUGCAUAAGCACCCCUUUCCCAGAAUUGUAAUAGUUCUGCUGUUUUUCACUGCAUUCUGUAGUGGAAGUGGAUGUAAAACUCUGAGUGGAGAUUUUGAAUAAAUGGUGAAAAUUAUAAUUAGAGGAUAAAGCAACAAGUACUCAAAUCUAGCCUCCCCAGCUGGUGAUGGGAAAAUUUUAUGCUGGCAGCUCUGACUGAUGCCCUUGCAGCCAGCUUUUCUUGAGAAACCUAGGAAUGGAUUGCAGUAUGCUUAUAAACAAAGCAAUCCUAUGCUCUCCCACUAGGAAUUAAGCACUACUGCAUGCAUUAGUGCUUAAUGCUGAAUAAACAACUAGGAAACUUUUCUGAAAACUAUUUGGUGCUUGAAGCUUCAUCUCAUCCUUCAAUGGCUUUCUUUUGUAGAAUGGAAGACAACUAUCCUGCUUAUAUUUUCUUAAACAGCCAGUUCUUUCAAGCUUCAUUCAUAACAUACGAUUCAAACACUUUCCUUGUCUGUUUAACUGAUGUCAAUGUGAAACAAUGGUAUCCAAACUUGCUUAUAUUGAUUUUUGCUAAGAUGAUUCAACUGUUACAAAAAAGCAAAAAUAUAGACAGUCUAGGAGGGAAUACAUGUGCAAUAUGCUUUUUUUGUAGCUAGGUAUCUGCUAUUUAGUCUUCAUAGGUGGAGUUCUGCAGAAUCCUCUGGGGUCUUACCCCAGAAGUGGCCAGUAUGUUUCUCACCUAGGUAAGGGGCUACUGCUUGAAAGGGGAAGUGUUCUGGAGAGGAAUUGGGGUUCUGGAGAGGAAUGUAUGGGAAUAAACUUAAGUUGUCUCCUCCCACCCAAUGGAAGCUGGCAUUGUAUUACGAGUAAAGAGAGGGAUUAGGUGUCUACUGAGGAAUUUGCAACGUUAAGCACUGGUACUUUCCGUGCAUUAGAGUCCAGAUACUCAUUGUACACAUUUUCUCAAUGUCUACCAUGAUCUGGUUUUCAGAAGUAAUUCAUACACAGAUGCUCAUUGGUGAAAAAGAAAAGAUGGUAAAUACAAAUGGCAAUUUGCUUUAUGUGGGACUAUAAGCACUUGGUGAAUAUUGUGUAAAUAGGGAGAAGAAUCCCUAUACAGGGCAUAGGAAACUUGCUAAGUAAGUUACUAAUUGGUCCAUGAACUUAUUUGCAUUCAGCCUAUUUCUUAAAACUAUGGGAAAAGGUAAGGUUCCUUAGAGGACAUGAAAUUUAUUAUGCUCCCUUAUGAAACAAUUUGUAUCUUGCUCUGGAGGCCCUAUUACAGAACCUCCUGCCCCUGGUUGUCAGAACUGCCAAAAUGCAUUUCUGGCAUUUCGAAAUUAUUUCUGUUCACUUUGUAUUUUAUGCACUUGUGUCCUUGCUGCAGCUGGUACAUAAAAAUGCCAGUACUUCUAUUAGCAGUAAUUUGUGAUCAGCUAGAUCCUAAAUUGCAUUUGUUUCUCAUAAUAAUAUUACACUAGUGACUCACUGAACUUGCACCUUUAAAGUACUUCUCUGUUCAUACACAUGAUUAUCUUUAAAAAGCAAAACAACAAAAACAAAUCCAGUGAAUGAGAAAGUUUUUCUUGCUACCCUCUAGUGCCAUUUUUGGCAAGCUACAGCAGCCAGUUAAUUACCCCUUCCUCCUUGUUGCUAAUGAGUAUUUGCCAGUUAGUGGUACACUGUAUGUAAUCCAGUUUGAGCUUCCGUCCCCACCCCUUAGCUCUACUUUAUCCAGUCUGAGCAAGUAUCUGCAGGCACAAGUAUAGAAGUCACACACAAACCCUCUCUAGAACCAAGCAGCUGCUUGAUUACGAAGAUGAGGUCACUGGAAAAGCAAUCUACUUAAUGUACCAGCUUCUUUUGCAAAAGGAGAAGUUCCACUUGUCUCGGCUCCCUUGCCAAAGUAAUUUGCCUCUUCAAAUGGCCCAUGUCUCCAUUUGAAUACUAUGGGUGUAAUCAGCAAAUUUUAUUUUCCUCUUACUUCCAACAAAUAUACCCACCAAAUGCUUAGUGAGAAUCCCAUUCAUAUUUUUCUAGUUUGAGAGAUUGUCCUGAUAGUCUUGUGUGGUUUUUCAAAUACGUUUUUCUGAACUGGUGCUACUGUAUUAUGUUUUCAUCUGCAAGCUUCAACCCAUUCCUCUGUGUCCCUAGGUCAGCAAUAAAAAUACUGCGAAACAGGGCCCUAA